AUGAACGACAUAUAACCAGCUCCAAGUCUUGUUAAAUAUAGUAAUCCAAUUCUCAUUUCAAACAGUCAAAAGAAAUAAAUUAAAUAACAACCUCCAAGCAAUACUGAAGAUAUUUUGAAUGCUAUUCUACUUCCAAGAGAAUUUAAUCAUUAGAAGAAUCAAUUGUAAAUGUAAUGUGUUUCUCCUGCACCCUCAACCAAACAAGAUGUGCUUGAAUUAUAAGAUAAAUUAGAUAAAUGGUUAUAAUAAAGAUAGGCGAGAGAGACUGGUCUAUGUCCAAUUAGAGAGGAGUUAUACUCAUAAUGUUUUGAUGAAUUAAUAAGACAAAUUACAAUUAAUUGUGCAGAAAGAGGUAUGCUCUUAGUAACAGUCAGAAAUGAAGUAAGAAUGGUUAUUCAAACUUAUUAAACAUUAUAUGCAUCAAGUAUAGCAUUUGGAAUGAGAAAAUUUUUAUCAGAAGAAGAAAAAAAAGUAUUCAAAAAAUAUUAAAUUAGGCUGAAUAUAGAUUAAGAAUUAAAUAAUUAGAAUAGGAGUGUUCAGAAUUACAUAGACAAGUUGAAUCUUUAGAAUAAAAAUUGUUGGAUACAAAAUAGUAAGAUGAAAUUAAAAGAUAAUAAACUAAAGAAGCACAUGCAGAUAUUGUAUCAUAAUUAAAGGCUGAUAUAAAAGCUAAAGUAAAUGGCGAUCUUGAAAAAAUACUCACUGGAUAAAAAAAAUUACCUGAUAAGAAAUGA